AUGGUAGUCAAGUGCGACCAACGCCGUCUGCCUUGGGAGCAAGCUGCACUGAAGCAGGACAGGGAGGACUUUCUCUCUGACGAAAUAUGCACCAAGCUCCACAAGACUCAGCCUCGCAGGUGUAAAAACCAGCCAAAUAUAUGGGGGAAGGCCAUAUAUAUGUGUGACAUCUGCUACAAACAGUUUGAAACGUCAUCCAAACUAUCUAGGUGUUAUCUUAUAGACACUGGCCUGAAGCCAUAGGAAUGUCAUGCUAGUUGCAAAACUUACAGGCAGUUUGUCCAUCUGGAGAGACAUUGGCUCACCCAUAAGGCCCCUUUCAAGUGUAACAUUUGUCACAAAAACUUCAAAAAUUUAAUCGCACUCCAAAGACAUCAACAGCUUCACAAGAUGAAACCCAAAGAAGCGAAUACUUCUGAUUGUUCUCUUUGUCGUCAGGGUUUUAAACCCCAGAACAAACUUCUGGAGCACAAACAGUUUCAUGCUCCGAACAUUACUCUGGAUACUGCACUAGAGAGAGAGUCUUCGGGGCCAAAUGCUACAGACAGCAUUGGAAAGUCAUUCGGGAAAAAUAUACAUAAUAGACAUAAAGUAUGCCAAUGCGACAGAUGUGGAAAAACCUUUCCCCCUUCUUCCAAGCUUCAAAGACAUUCUCACACAGGAUGGAAGCCCUUUGGCUGUACUCGUUACAGAAAGGCAGAAAGACAGUCGGCCCAUUUUAAAAGACAUCAGCUCACCCAUACUGAAAAGAGCAUCUGUAGAAGCUGUGCAAAUUUGAAAAUUUGAAUUUCCUUGCCUGGGAGAUUGAAUUUGAAUCUUCAGCUUAUUUUCAGACAUCCUCCAUGGUCCUCUAACUUUUGAGAGUCAUAGUCAAACCAUGUAACUGAAAUCAA